AGGCUGGUGGUUUUAAUGUUGUGGCUGCUCGGUGUAUUAGGCAGCAAGUGAACAGUCAGUUCUUGUUGGAAGCAGGAAAAAUGGGCAAGCGUAAGGAUCUGAUUAACUUUGACUAGGGCCAAAUUGUGAUGGCUAGACGACUGGGUCAGAGCAUCUCCAAAACGGCAGGUCUUAUGGGGUGUUCCCAGUAUGCAGUGAUUAGUACCUACCAAAUGUGGUCCAAGGAAGGACAACCAGUCAUGGGCCAUGGGCAUCCAAGUCUCACUGAUGCACGUGGGGAGCGAAGGCUAGCCUGUCUGGUUCGAUCCCACAGAAGAGCUACUGUAGUACAAAUUGCUGAAAAACUUAAUGCUGGCCAUGAUAGAAAGGUGUCAGAACACACAGUGCAUUGCAGCCGGUCAGAGUGCCCAUGCUGACUCCUGUCCACCGCCGAAAGUGCCUACAAUGGGCACGUGAGCAUCAGAACUGGACCAUGGAGCAAUGGAAUAAGGUGGCCUGGUCUGAUAAAUCACAUUUUGUUUUAGAUCAUGUGGACGGCUGGGUGCGUGUGCAUCAUUUACCUGAGGAAGAGAUGGCAGCAGGAUGCACUAUGGGAAGAAGGCAAGCUGGUGGAGGCAAUGUAAUGCUUUGGGCAAUGUUCUGCUGAGAAACCUUGGGUCCUGGCAUUCAUGUGGAUGUUACUUUGAUACAUACCACCUACCUAAAGAUUGUUGCAGACCACGUACACACCUUCAUGGCAACGGUAUUCCCUGAUGGCAGUGGUCUCUUUCAGCAUAAUUCGCCCUGCCACACUACAAAAAUUUGUCAAGAAUGUUUUGAGGAACAUGACAAAGAGUUCAAGGUGUCGACUUGGCCUUCAAAUUCCCCAGAUCUCAAUCUGAUUGAGCAUCUAUGGGAUGUGCUGGACCAACAAAUCCACCUCGCAACUUACAGGACUUGAAGGAUCUGCUGCUAACGUCUUAGUGCCAGAUACCACAGGACACCUUCAGAGGUCUUGUGGAGUACAUGCCUCGAUGGGUCAGAGCUGUUUUGGUGGUACGUGGGGGACCUACACGAUAAUAGGCGGUGGUUUUAAUGUUGUGGCUGAUCGGUAUAUGUCCAAAAAUCAUUAUUACCAUGAUAUAUGUCCAAAAACAUUUGUAUCAUUGGAAAUGUCCUAAAAAUCACAGAAUUACCAUUAUAUAUUUCCUAAAGACCAUAGUAUUACCAUGGUGUAUGUUCAAAAAUCAGUAUUACCAUGGUAUAUGUCCAAAAACAGUAUUACUGUACGUGUCCUAAAAAUCAUAGGAUUACCAUACCAUAUUACAUGUCCUUAAAACAUUUUUACCAUGAUACAUGUCGUAAAAAUCAUAAUAUUACCAUGAUACAUGUCCUGAAAAAAAGUAUUACCUUGAAUAUUGUCUUAAAGAUCAUAAUAUUACCAUGGUGAAUGUUCUAAAAACCAUGAAAUUACUAUUAUACUAUUAUGUCCUAGAAGUCAUAUGUCUACCAUGAUAAAUGUCCUAAAACAGUAUUACCAUGAUAUAUGUCCUAAAAACCAUAGUAUGACCAUAGUGCGUGUCCUAAAAAACACAGUAUUACCAUUAUAUAUUUCCUAAAGACUAAUAGUAUUACCAUGAUAUAUGUCCUAAAAACCCUGACAUUGCCACGUUACCAUGUCCAAAAAACAAUGGUAGGUUAUUACCGUAGUUCUUUUUGUAUAGUGUGAAACAACGGAUGAUGUAACAGUGAACACAUGACCACAGUCACCAUCUAAAGCAGAGUGCUCUCAAAGUAAGGUAAAAAAGCUGUGUUGUGCAUUAUUGUUUAUCAUGUUUGCACUGCAUGAGUGUAUUGACGUGAGUUUUAGGUUUUGCAUGUCUUGUUACGAGUGUGAAGUGAUGAGGUAGUCAGCAUUUUUUAAAUGUAAUUACUGUCUCACACAAACACACACACACACACACACACACACAGAUUAUAUAAACUAUAUUAGUAAUGACCUCUCAUAGACACAAUAACCACAAAACAAACCUGUUUACACUAUUCAGUUUGAAGUAAAACAUGAUUUGCCCGAAUUAGGUGCAUUUCAAAGAGUAAGGACUGCUUCAAGUGUCCUCACAAGUGUUUUUUUUUUUUUUUUUACAUAUUUCACUCUAUUUGAGGGCAUUUAGCCAGUACAAGUUCAGCCACACUUGCACGCUGCGUUGUGUCAAACACACUUAGCAAAUAUCUUCUGCCAACACCCUUUCUUCACACACAAAGACCUGUACACACUCAGCCUGACAGCACUGGUUUAUUAACAGCUUAUAAAUAUGUUAUUUGUCAGUGCAUAUAGGCCACACUUUGGCAUGAUCAGUAUGUCCUAAUGCAUGUGUGUGCAUGUGAAUGCAAGCAGUAAUGUGAAAUUCGUGUCUCUGAGAGAUUAGAUAGACGUUGCUAAUCUGAACACCCCUGUUUAUUAAAUUCUAAAUUCCAGACUUUUUGUUGAGUCAAGUACAGAUAACCCAUGCUGCUAGUGUCAGGAGCAUGUAGCAUGUUAUUUUUCAUAUGCACCAGCACCAUCUAGUGAUCAAAAGUAUUCAGUUACUGUAGCUUUCAAAUAUUAGUAGCUACAUAAUGCAAGUUUUGUUAGAUUGGGAAUCCUUUCUGGUUGAGUUUAUUUUCCAUUUACCUGAUUAUAUAUUUUUAAAACCUCCCUACUGCCACUGAAGUUCGUAAAUACACAGGAACUUUCUGAAUUAAUAUUUUGUACGCAUAUAGACAUUUGCCAAGGAAAAUCAUAGUAAAGUGAUAUGGGAUUUCAGUAGUGGUGCUUGCUAUUAAAAAUCUUAUACAUUUUGAUUAAAGGAGGGACCUGAGCCAUAUCUAGGUGGGCUCUUUUGACUUGGGCCAGUAAGCAACCACCUAGCAACCACCAAGAACACCCUAGCAACCAUAUAACAAGCUAAAAACUCUCAGAACAUCUUAGUAUUACAUUUAGGGGCAGUGGUGGCUCAGCGGUUAAGGCUCUGGGUUACUGAUCAGAAGGUCAGGGGUUUAAGCCCCAGCACCGCCAAGAUGCCACUGUUGGGCCCUUGAGCAAGGCCCUUGACCCUAUCUGCUCCAGGGGUGCCGUAUCAUGGCUGACCUUGCACUCUGACCCCAGCUUAGCUGGGAUAUGUAAAAAAAAAAAAAAUGUAUAAUGUGUGAUAAAUAAAUAAUAAUAAAAAAAAAAUUAGUAACUGCAUAUCAACAACCAUAACAACACAGCAAGUUUCUUUCUUAUUUCACAUUCUCUUCAGAAAAUAUGAAAACGUAUUGUUGUUUUAAUUUCCUUUUUGAUGACAGUGCUGUAUAAUACCACGUUACCCCAGUUUUAUAAUUUAUGGCAGAGACUAUGAUUACAAUGGUAAUUUUUUAGAGGGUACAUGCAUUUAAAAAUACUUGCAUAAAAUUCCUCUAAAAGACUGUCCAUUAUGUAAUUGCAAUGUUAUAUUUUAUUUUCAUAGUGGACCCCCAGAUGUGUCAGAGUGAGUACAUCUGUAACGUGUGCCAUUUGUAAACUCUUUCUGAGGGAGAAAAAAAUCAAACUUCUCAUCCUUUUUCUUUCAUUGCUUUACUUUUCCUCCCUUUCUUCCUUCAGAAAACCUCAAGUUUACAGGUAAAGGGGGAUAAACUCUGUUUUAGCCUUAUUUUAGCUCAGAGUUUGUUGGCAUCCAGAUGCUUAAAGGGAUAGUUCACCCAAAAUUUUGUCAUCAUUUACUCACCCCCCAUGUUGUUCCAAACGCAUGUGACUUCUUAUCUUCCAUGGAACACAAAAGGAGGAGUUUGGUAAAACAACAGCUUUUUUUCAACACUAUGAAAGUGAAUGGUGACUGAGGCUAACAUUCUGCCUAACAUCUCCUUUUGUGUUCCAUGGAAGAAGUCAUACAGGUUUGGAACAACACAAAGACUUCCACGUAAGCUUGUCACAGAGACAGACAUUGAGUUUUAUCACGUCCCAACACACGGUGAUGCCAGCAGGAAACGCAUCAUGCAGGACACAGAAGACUGGCACCCGCGGACAGGAACUUCACAGUCCCGCUCAUUCCGUAUCCUUGCUCAGAUCACCGGCACUGAAUCUGAACUUGAUCGAUCACAGGAGGCUGAAGCUGCAAAAAACACAACAAACAAAGAGCUUGAUGAUUCUCAGUCCAGCGCUCAUAUCACCUGUACCGUUAAGACGAUGAUCAAAGCCCCAGGAACGCCUGUCAAAAGCACAGCAGGUCUUGUCACUCCCACUUUUGGUGUUGAGAGCAACAGCAUGCCUUUGGGCCCUGCUUUGGACCGCCCUAUGCCCCGCCCACACCCCAAAGAUGAAGCCUCAUUGGUCCAGAUGGCGGAACACAUCCCUGCUGGAACACGUACUCCUAUGUGCGCUCACUGCAAUAUGGUUAUCAGGGGUCCGUUCCUGAUGGCGAUGGGAAAAUCGUGGCACCCCGAGGAGUUCACAUGUGCACACUGCAGUGUAUCUCUUAGUGAAUUGGGCUUUGUGGAGGAACAGGGUUCUGUGUACUGCCAGCACUGCUAUGAAGAGUUCUUUGCUCCAACCUGCGCACGCUGCCAAUACAAAAUCCUGGGGGAAGUGAUUAAUGCACUAAAGCAGACUUGGCAUGUGUAUUGCUUCCUGUGUGCAUCCUGCCAGCAACCAAUAAGAAACAAUACAUUUCACCUGGAGGACGGAGAGCCCUACUGCGAGAGAGACUACUAUAGUUUGUUUGGGACUGGUUGCCAUGGUUGUGAUUUCCCAAUAGAAGCAGGAGACAAGUUUUUAGAGGCCCUUGGCUUCACCUGGCAUGACACCUGCUUUGUGUGCUCAGUGUGCAGCAUCAGUCUGGAGGGUCAAACUUUCUUCUCCAAAAAAGACAAACCGCUUUGCAAGAAACACGCUCACAAUCUCAAAAUAUAAAAAUUAAAGUCAUUUUGAUUUUUAAAAUAGCAAAGUGUAAAGAAUGCAAUACUUGCAAAUAUACAGUAGAAGCAUCGCAAACUCACAAAAUAAUAUUGGAGAGGCAAUGAUUAUUAAUGUUUUUUGUUGGUUUGUUAUGUUCGUACAGAAUGUGAGCUGAUGUUCUGAAAGAACUAACAGCACUUUUGAAACUUUGUUAUUUUAUGAAAUCAAAGAAAUGUCAGAGGAAGUUCUUGCCUUUUUAUUUGUUUUGUUUUUUUGCUUUUUGUUUGCAUUUUUUUUUUUAUCUUUCUAUCCUUCACUGAAAACCAUACCAUUAUUUAUAAAAUAGGGAACAAAACCAUGGAAGUAAAAAUAUCACAAGAAGUGCUCAUUAAAAUAUCUGAUAUUGCCAUAAUAUUAUCAAAAUGCACAAUACAUUCUAUCACAUACAUCACACACAUUUAGCAAACUUCACAACAUACAGUUAUACCAUCAGAGAGGUUAAAUGACGGUAUGCUGAGUGUAUCAGACAUAAGACAUCAGUAUAAGAAAGGUAACACUUUACAGUAAGAUUCCAUUUGUUAACAUUAGUUAACAACAUUAUUUAACCUAAACUAACAAUGAACAAUACUUUCACAGUAUUUAUUAAUGUUGGCUAAUGUUCAUUUCAACAUAUACAUUUUAAAAUCAAAAGUUAUGUUUGUUAACAUUAGUUAUUACACGGUUCUCUGGAAUACUCAAUUCUGAUUGGUCAAUGGCACCAUCCAGUGGUCAGAUAUUGCUCUGUAACUACCGCACAUCCAGGGAUUAAGACAUAUCGGACCGCUCAUCUAGGUUCUGCGAGCCGUCUCUCUUACUUCUCGGAUCACUGUACGAUCUGUACAAGUAAGCAAAUAAAAUAAUUUUAACUCAAAUCAAUGUUUCAUGUGCAUUUAUUUAUUUAUUUGGCUAGUAGUCUUGUAAUAGGCUGAAUAUUGAGGAGUCAGACAUUCAUUUUUACAAAGUAAACACCAUCAGAACUCCGACGCAUCCAGAGGUUGAUUUCAGCAGUUCAGCGAUUGCUUUCUUCUCAAAUUACAUAAUUUCAAUGCAAAUCAAUAUUUUAUGUCCAUGUAUUUAUUUAUUUGGUUAGUUGCUGUGUAAUGAGCGGGAUAAUGUAGAGUCAGUCGGUUGUUAUCGCAAAAUAAACCCCUUCAGGGUGACACAAGACUCCUCCGCUUCACGUCGGGGUUCUGAUCACCUGUCGGGGUUUAUUGUUCGAUAACAACCGGCUGACUCUACAUUAUCCCUUACUCAAUGCACUAUGAACUAACAUGAACUACCAAUGAACAAUUGUAUUUUUAUUAGCUAACAUUAACAAAGAUUAAUAAAUACUGUAAAAAAAUAUAUUGUUCAUUUGUCUGUUCAUAAUAUCUAAUGCAUUAACUAAUGUUAACCAAUGAAGUGUUACCGGUUAAAUUAAAGGAGCAAUAUGUAACAAUGACAUCAAGCGUUCAAAAUAGGUACUGCAGACCAAAUUCAAAAUAUUGUAUAAAGUUGUCUCCCCGCCCCCUCCUCCCCAGACUCAAAGCUCACGCAGUUGAGGACACGCAACAGGAAUGAACAAACUGACAAUGGCAAGCGAUGAGCCUUACACUGUAAGUUGAUCAGCUAAUGUAUACGUUUGCAAUGUUUUUAUUGUUUGCAAAUUAUAAACCAGCUCAUGUGGAUUUUUUAUAAAUCUGUCAAUGUUAGCUAGAUGUAUUCCAUGUCUGCAGCACACUGUGUUUGCCCUCUAACUUGUUUCAAAUCUGGCAACCCGGGGUGUCGAAAUACUAUUGGGAAAUGGGCAGUGGGCGGGAUCACACAGGCCAAAACACAAACAGAAAUUCCGGCCCGGAACAGACAUUUCAAAGUAGAAUAUACUGGCUGUAGCUUUGUUUUCGGAGAAGCCAGUAUUUCAACUUCUCUGAUAACAUAUUAUGAUAAUUUUAUGCUUUAGGACAGUCAAUAUAUUACAUAUUGCACCUUUAAAUUGAAGGAAAGUUAAUGAAAAAUAAAAAGAAGGGAAAUGUAUUUAUUUCAAGCUCUGGGAUAAUGGGCAACUUUUCUUUUACUAUAUCAGGUAAAAUGCUUGUUUAUAGAUUUUUGCUUUAUUUUAUUAAUAAAAAAUUGGAAUUGCACUUUCAAUUAUUUCAGUUUUUUGACAAACUCUGUUUUUGAAAAACUCUUGUUUGUAUCUUUAAAAGUUGCUUUAAUAAAAAUCAAACACAAACA